AUGAUGCUCCCUGGACGGUUCUGGGUCGGCAUCGCUGGAGCAUUUAUCGCCCUGCAGCUUCUCUUCCUGGCCAACAUGUGCUAUAUCUACGGAACAGCGUUCCACGACUCGCAACGGUACAGCGCUAUGCACGUACUCUACGUGGACUACGACCAGGGGGCAAUUGGCCAGUCGGUGCUCGCCGCCUACAACACCAUGCAGAGCCCGGCAGUCGUCACUCUCGAGCAACAUCCUGUCAGCGAGUACCCGACGGAGCGGGAGAUUGAGCAAGCCCUGACGGCGGCAGUGCAGUCGCCCGAGGCGGCGCAGGCCUACGAUCGCUCGCAGGCGCUGCAGUACUACUGGAAAGGGACCAAAUACUCGGCCUACGCGACGGGCGUCUACUCGCAGUUGACGGAGCUGGUGCAAAUUACCGCAGCCGUGUACGCCCAGACGCACGGGGCAGGGCUGCUCGCAGCGGCAAGCAGCAGUAACCUCACCGACCCAGCCAUCGCAGCGACGCUCCUGCUUCCCGUCGGGGGAACAGCGGUGGACGUGGCGCCGACGGACCAAGGCGUGCGGUUCUACUACAACAACGUGUCCAUGGUGAUGCCGAUCAUCCAGCAGUUCUUCUUCAUCAUGGCGCUGAACAGUCUCUCCGCUCAAUUCGCCCUGGGAGACCGGCUCUCGACCCGCCAGCACCUCCUGCUGCGCAUAGCCCUCUCCCUCGUCUACAGCUUUGUCGGCGCCCUCGUCAUGACCGGCUACAUCUGGGCCUUCCGCGAGAGCUGGGCCCUGACCGGCGGACAGUUCGCCCUCAGCUGGAUGGCCAUCUGGCUCGUCAUGCACCUGCACUUCCUGUUCAUCGACUUCGUUGCCGCAUUCCUCCCUGCCGGUUUCCUGCCCUUCUUCGUGCUGACCUGGAUCAUCCUCAACGUCUCCAGCAGCAUCAUCCCCUUCGAGCUGUCGCCCGGCUUCUACCGCAUCGGCUACGCCUUCCCCGCCUACGAGCUGUACGAGGUUCUGCUGCAGAUCUGGACAGACGGAUGCAACCCGUAUCUCUACCGAGCGCUGCCGAUCCUCUGGUCGGAGUGGCUCGUCGCUUUGGGCCUGUUUUUUGUCGGUAUGCGACAUCGUGGCAAGACGGUCACUCGAGCGAGCGUCUUGGAUGACAAGAGUUCGCUCAGGUGA